ACCAUUCACUUGAGAAUGGCGGCUGCUGCCUGCAGUGCGCACUGUACGUUGGGCAGUUGUAGCAGCAAACCGCAGAAAGAGCACCUGAGGAGAAGUAGAGAUUCGCGCAGGCGACAGGCAGCCUUACUGUUUCUGAGUAACAUUUCUCUGGACGGACGACCCGUGCAGCAUGUCAACAAUGCCAACCAGCUGGGCCACAGGGACAGCGAAUUCCAAGGUACCGACAAUGGAUCAACAAAUGCAGCCCGGCUGUCACCUGCGACGAGUAGCUGUGGGACCUUUCAUAAUCUGUCAGCCUCAGUUAGCUGUGGGGCCGUUAGUUCCGUACCGAGACUUGGGGUCCUCAACGUCCCUCCUAUUCUGGUGUUGCCUUCGGACUCUGGUUUCAAUGAUGUUGGGUCCACUGAGGUAUUUCUGGAGAGGGGAAGAGGGUGUUUCUCCUCUCAAGGGAAUCUUCUGUCUCCAGCUAGUCUCCAGCCGACUCCUCUUGGACCUCGGAAGUCGCCAACAUUGCUUUCGGUUAAAAGCUGCAACUCAGUGAGUUCAGAUUCUCGGCCAAGGUCCCGCAAUCUGUCUGGCUCGCCAAAGCCUCGCUCCGUGAGGAAGGUGCACUUCAUCAAGAACAUGAGACAGUAUGACACCAAAGGCAGCAGGAUUGUGCUCAUCUGUGCCAAACGCUCCCUGUGUGCUGCGUUCUCAGUGCUGCCCUAUGGAGAGAGCUUCCACAUCAGUGAGCCGAGGCCGGACUCCUCUCGGAGGAGGCACUCGUCUGGCGGGAUCUCCACAGCGCUGGAAGGGCUCUUGCUGCCUGGGCUGGAGGGGCUGGGCCUGGAGCUGGAGGCCGGAACAAGCCAAUCUGUGUCCUACGCUCAGUUCCUGCACCCCACCAACGCACUGGUGCGGCAGAAACCCUCCUCAGUGGACAUGACGCUCCAGCUGCCCUACUCCAGAAACAGCAUCCCCCGCAGCAGCUACCCGCCCUCCAGACUCAACAGCACCGUGGGACUAGACCUAGGUCUAGAUGACAUUGACUACGACCCCAACCUCCUGAGUGACCACCAGUGGCCCUGUGGGAAACACAAGAGAGUGCUGAUCUUCGCCUCCUACAUGACUACAGUCAUUGAGUAUGUGAAGCCCUCUGACCUGAAGAAGGACAUGAACGAGACCUUCAAGGAGAAGUUUCCUCACAUCAAGUUGACACUGAGCAAGAUUAGGAGCCUGAAGAGGGAGAUGCGCACCAUGGGAGAGGAGAGUAACCUGCAGCCGGUGACGGUGGCCAUGGCCUUUGUGUACUUCGAAAAGCUGGUGCUGCAGGGGCGCCUCAACAAGCAGAAUCGCAAGCUGGUGGCCGCCACCUGUGUGCUCCUGGCCGCCAAGAUCAGCAGUGACCUCCGCAAGCAGGAGGUCAAGCACCUCAUCGAUAAACUGGAGGAGCGGUUCCGCAUAGGCCGGCGCGAGCUGAUCUCAUUCGAGUUCUCCGCGCUGGUGGCACUGGAGAUGGCGCUCUACCUGCCCGAGAGCAAGGUCAUGCCCCACUACCGCCGGCUGGUACAGCAGCAGCAGUCCUGAGCAGCAGGUCCAGGGUCGGGGAGUCUGUCUGUGUGUGGGGGGUGCUCUCUCAUACCUGGGGGCAAACGGCUUCAGCAGCGGCAAGAGCGAUGUCUCAAACACACUACACCCCCUGCUGGAUGAAAUUAUAACACACCCUGUAAAACACAAGAGAGCGCUCACUUUCAGCAUCAGGAGACAAGGCUCUGUGUGUGAGCGUGUGCGUGUGCGUGUGCGUGUGUUUGUGUGUGCGUGUGAGUGUGUAUUAAAGAGACUGAGAGACACUGUGAGACCAAUAGCAACACAAUUAUUUAAUAAGUAAUUCCAGUUGUUACUGGUUUGUAAAAAAAACAGAACAUAAGUGUGUGUGAUAGAGGGUGCUGUGUGUAGCAGAGAGACCAGUAUCUGUGUUCUUAAUAUACUGAGGGUAAACCAAUCUGUACAAACCUUUGGACAAAAGCGUCUGCUAAAUGACUAAAUGUAAAGCUAGCAGGUGGCUAUUUAAAGAUUCAAUCAUUAUUACUCAACUUUUAUAAUGCAAAACAUUCAAGUUGACAAGGGAAGGUUUAUCCCAGCUAAAAUGCGUGUAUCCGUGUGUGUGUCUGUCUGUGUCUGUCUGUGUUUACCUACGUACAAGUGCACAUAAGUAAGUCAUCAGAUUUUCUUAAUAAUAACCAAAUAUAACUGUCUUUUUUUUAGUAACAUUACCUUUUACUAGUUGAAUUUAUCUUUUUCUACAGAUGAUUUAUUGACAAACGGGUGCAAUCUUAUCGCAAACUAGAUAUGUAACUACAGGUCUUAGCCAUCAGUGCAGUAAUACGUCCCAAGCACAUCGUUCAUGUGUGCGCCCUCCUCAGCACAGGAGGUUAUUAUGAGGCAUCGUCUCUGCUGGUGUUGAUGAGGACUCCGUUGUGUUUUCGCCUGAAACCAGGUCUACUAGCAUUAAGGCACUGGGACAAUCCUGUGAGGUUUGUGCUCUAUGUUAGAGACGGUGCUAAAUACCGGCACAUUUAUCGUGCUUCCCUUUGUACCCCUACUCUCUCCCCUACCUCUCUUUUCUGUUAAUGUAUCACACUGUGCCCCAUGUGUUGUUUGUCAGCAGCAAUGAAUAUUCCCACACUCAUAGUUUAGUUCACACAGGGAGUUAAUCACUGUGAUCCCAGCUUCCCCACAGGCGCGGAAGUGACUGUGAUGAAUGAGCUUGUGCCACGGCACUAGUUCAGUUUCCCUGUUGAGUGUUCCUGUGUUCAGUGUAAUACUCUUAGUCAUUAGGCAGCGGGACCUCAUCUAGUUUUCUAAUGAAAAGGAUGAGCAGUUCGGCUAUGUAUGUUUUUUUGGUUGAUGUAUUUUUAUAUGUAUAAUAACCGUCUUGCAGUUCUCCAAGUUGUUUUCUGUUCAUCAUUUCCGUUAAUAGUGUGAUUUUUGUCUAUGUAUGCAUGUAUGUAAACAAUCAGAUUUGCACUUUAUAAAUGAUGCUGUUUUCCACAGCAGCUUAGUAUUAAGGAAAUAUGUCCUUAAUCGAUUUUUCCCAUGUCUUCCCUCCAUGCCAAUGUUUUGUGCGCCCCCCUGUGGUCAUAGUGUGCAAUAGUCUGAGUACAUACGGGAAGAAAAGGGAAAAGUCAGGAUUCCUGAUAGAUUUCGAUUGUUCUCAGGCAGAAAUUCUAAUCGAGCAGUUUUGUAAUAUUUUUGUGUUGUUGUGACACUGUUAACGUAUGGUUCAGAUGUUAUCAUUUCAACUUUACCAUCAUGUGAUUGCAUUAUGUUUUGUUUUUUUCCCCCCAAAACCCAUGGUUUUUGUUGUACUCUGUUGUACUGUUUUCCAAGGGCCACGUUGUUUGUCAGUAGAAUUAUCUUACACUUUCCAUUCUUACCACUUCCUGCUAUUAGCAUGGCAAACCCGUCUUGGCUGUGGGUUUGCGUCUCUGCUCUCUCCCUAAGAUGCCCUGGAUGGAUCUGAGAGCACCCGGUGUGCAGGUCUGACCGUUUGAUGAGUCUCAGCGGGGCUCUGCUCUCAUCUCUCUUGUCAUCAGUUAUGGAGUGCAAAAGAACUGUUAGAGACCACUGUUUUUUAGAUAUAUAGAAUAAUAAUGCACUGAUUAAGAUAUCCAUCUUAACAAUCUACAAAGUUUCUCUUUUUUAAAGCAGCGUUUUUUGAUUUCUAGAUUCAGUGUCCAUAUUGACUCAGUGGUAGUUGUAUGUAAUGAACAGUUUGUCAAAAAUUAAGUGCCUGUAAUUAAAGACUUAUUUUGUUGUUGGUUUUAGGUCGCAGCAGUGUUAAGCUGUCUUUUCUAAACCGUUACCUUUGCCCCCUACUGUGAAAUCUCAUAUUUGUGGCGUAUUAAAACUAAGGCUCUGUCAGGAGUGAGAUGGCCAGAACUGUGACCCUAGAGAAGCAAGCUUAGCUGACCAAGCUGGGGAUCAUUCUCUGACUGGCAUACACCAAAUAGGAGCUUAAUGUUGCAGCAGCCAGGCCACCAAAUACCCAUAAGACCAGGUAUUCUGGCAUUGACCUCCAUCUGGCCAUAUAAAGCCCAGAGUGAAAACAUCACGGCUACAGAGAAGUUGGAGGGGUUAACAGUUUGAUGUAAACUUAUUGAUUUUCCGGUCAUGAAUUUCCCCCGGUUACUUUUCCUUGAUUUUCUUGUUGGUUUACAUUAUUAUUAUUAUUAUUAUUAUCAUCAUCAUUAUUUGUGUGUUACCCAGAAUACUGUUGUACUUGUGAACUCAAUUGAAUUAUAUGUAUGUGUUUUCUAUUGUAUAUUGAAAAAAAAAAAAAAAAACACUUUCUAAUAUAUAUUUUCUGAUUGCACUAA